AUGUCAGAAUUCAUUGUCAGGCAGUUUACAGCUGAUGAUCAAAAAAAUUCAAACAAGGCUCAACUGUUCAUCAUGACGGACAAGCGCGCUCUGUACGCUGUCAGCGGGGAAUGCCCGAUUGUUUGCCUUGACUGCGCCGAGCCCUUUGCGCUCUUGUCGGACCAGGAGAAGCGCUACGCCCAUCACAUUGCUCGAGCCUCUUUCGAGGGCAGCAAGAUAUGCCUGCUCCAGACCUCGCUGGAAAGCGCCCCCGAGGCCCAGGUUUUGCUUGGGGCCUUUCAUGACCAGGACUUGGACGAUCUACAGGCCCGUUGUGUGCAGGCUGGCUUGAGCUCGGACGACUAUACAGCCUUUGUUCGAUACGUGGCUGCCUUUUUCAGCAACCUGGGCAACUACCGCAGCUUUGGCGACACGAAAAUGCUACCCGCCAUCCCCGAAGCCACCUUCACCCGCAUUCUCCAGCUCUGCAAAGGCUGGAACGAGCAAUUGGCUGCCGUUUGGGCCAAAAUUGCCAGUCGAGUGUUUGACGACGCCGACGACGCCCUUUCUUUGGCCUUUGCGCCUCAGGGCAAAACGACCUAUUACACGGCUGGAAUGACCGAAGCGGAGGCUAAGGAGGUACAAGCCGUGGCCGACGCCAGUGGUGUCUCAUCCUACAAUGCUCGUGUGAGCAAGCGCGCCAACGAUCAGGGCCAGAUGUACUACACAGUGCACUUGGCCUCGGCUGAGGCUGGCGAGCCACGCAUUCUGCGCCCUGCUACUGAGGGUCAGGCUGAGAUUCGGGUCGAAACCGGCGAUUUUGCUCCCAUCAUGGCACGCGUCGUUUCCCACCUCAAGUCGGCCUGCAUCUUUGCCGCCAACGACACUCAGCGUCAGAUGUUGCAGUACUACAUCGAAAGCUUCCGCACAGGCGACGUGGAAGCUCACAAAGAGGGCAGCCGCCACUGGGUCAAGGACAAGGGUCCGGCUGUCGAAUCGUACAUUGGCUUUAUCGAGACGUACCGCGAUCCUCUUGGCUCCAAAGCAGAAUGGGAGGGCUUUGCCGCCAUUGUGAACCGAGAUGUGAGCAAAAAAUUCAUCAAACUGGUGGAGAUGGCCGAGCAACUCUUGCCUGAGCUGCCAUGGCCAGAAUCCUUUGAAAAGGACCGCUUCCUGCGCCCAGAUUUCACUUCAUUGGAGGUGCUUGCUUUUGGCUCGAGUGGCGUGCCGGCUGGGAUCAACAUUCCCAACUACGAUGACGUCCGCCAAAACGAUGGUUUCAAGAAUGUAUCGUUGGGCAACAUGCUGCGAGCGUCCUACGCCGUGGGCGCGGAUGAACGUACCACCUUUCUGGCGGACAGCGAUCAGGCUUUGUACAAGGCGAUGGUGACCAAAGCAUUUGACGUUCAGGUUGGCCUGCACGAGCUGCUGGGCCACGGAAGCGGCAAGUUGUUUGUAAAGAAGAGUGAUGGAACCUUCAAUUUCGACGUGGAUGCUGUCAAAAACCCGCUGACGGGCAAUCUGAUUGACUCGUACUAUCUACCGGGCGAAACGUGGGAUUCCAAGUUUCCCGGCAUCGGGUCGGCCUACGAGGAGUGCCGUGCUGAGUGCGUGGGCAUUUUCCUGGCGGUACAGCCACGUGUUCAUGAGAUCUUUGAGCUGGAUGCAACUAUCGCACCCGACAUGUGGUACAUCAACUGGCUGGAUAUGGCCCGCAAGGGCUUGUUGGCUCUGCAGUACUUCACCCCCGGCAAGGGGUUGUCGGGUUGGGGCCAAGCGCACAUGAUGGCCCGCUACGUGAUUAUGAAUGUGAUGCUGGAAGCCGGUGAGGACUUUUUGAAAAUCGUGCGAGGCGACCCUGACCAAAGCACAGGACAAGGCACCUACGUGGCACUGGACCGCACCAAGAUCAUGACGGUUGGCUUGACGGCCGUGGGAGCCUUCUUGCAAAAAUUGCAAGUUUACAAGAGCACGGGCGAUUUCGAGGGCGGCCGUGCGCUUUUUGCCAAGUACGCCACGGUGACAGAGGCGCACCUGGAGCUGCGGGAUGAGGUGAUUGCCAACCGCAAGCCUCGCAAGUUGGUCGUACAGCACAACACGGCGCUCACGGAUGCCAGCGUGACUAUCCAAUCUUAUCCCGCCACCUGCGAGGGGUUGAUUGCUUCUGUCUGCGACCGAUACGGCACCACAUUUGACGAGGACCUGCAUCGGGUCUGGGAGGCCCAAUUCGCCUCGGAACUUGAAGCCUAAGCAAAAUUUUCCCCGGCAACCUCCGGCAACCUCUGGCAACCGAGCCCAUCACGUUCACUUCAUUCGCCUGCUGUAAAAUUUAUGACCGUUACAAAUAA